GUUAAAAAUCAGAUUUGGGAGGCUAUUCAACUUACUUUUGAUGUCCCCAAUGAUCCUGUUUUGCGAAGAAAAUUGAUAUCAUAUGCGGGCAAUCGCUGGACAGGAUUCAAGACGUUUCUGACAACAACUUACAUAUUUGGCACUCGUUCUAAUGAGACUCCUACACAAAAGUAUCAGUGGAUAGAUUCUGAGACUUGGCAGCAAUUUGUUCAAAGUAGACAAGAUCCAAAUUUCCUGGAGCGUAGGAAAAAGGCGCAAGAAAUCCAAGCAUGCAAUCAGUGCCCCCACAUAUUGUCCCGAGGUGGAUAUGCCCUGUUAGAGAAAAUGUUAAUGGCUG